AGGCCCAAGGCCAUUGUCAUGGGCAAGUCCUGGGGCGCGCGAAUGGCAGCGGAGGUGGCAUCGCUGGAUGACAUCGUGGCUACAGCCUUGGUCACGCCCGCCUUGGGCGACCAGGAUCAGGUGCAGUCGCUGAUCUCCAGAAUCCAGGGCCGGGUGGCCAUAGCACUGGUCGAAGAUGAUGAGGUCGUGGACUUUCGCGCGACCAAGGGCAAGAUCCAAGCGGCCAGCAAGGGGCGCGAGCUGAUGUGGAUCGAAGCCAAGAAGGGCGGUCACCGCGUGGUGGAGGACUUCGUGAUGCCCUUGGUGGAGUUUGCGGAGUCCGCGCGAGAGCUCUUUGUCCAUGGCGGAGAACCGGUCGCCUUUGUGGCUUGCCUGGGAUUAUGGAAAUUCGGAUUGGCCAAGCCUCCAUUCUGAGCCCAGGAGCAUGGAGAGCCCCGUUUCGGGUGUUUAUUUUUCCGCAGCCAACAAGACAGCGUGGCCAUUUGAGGGCCCAUGGAGAUCCGUUCAAAGCCACCUGGUGGGUCAAAACCAAUGGUACCGUUUUGGGGU